ACAGACAGCAAGGAGAUGUCACGUGGGUCUCCGCUAGCCCUCCUUUCGCUCGGCUCUCCUCCCUUACUCCCGGAGAUAGAUAGAAGCCCUAGCCUGACGCUGCUGAAAAGGCGAGGGACGGCACUUUCUUUCUCUUCCCCCCCCCCCACCUCUCAUCCCUUCUGCUUCUGCUUCCCCGAACUGCCUUAUUCAAAGAACCUAACGGGGGGAAAAUGCUCUUGGACCAACGCCUUACAAAGCGAGGAGGAUAAUCCGCGCAGGUUUUUAUAAAACACAUUUUUUAAAAAAAAAUGGUGCAAAAUCUUCCAACAAUCAAGCACCAGGAUCUUUUCAAUUUUGGCUUUUCAGAAGAAAAACAAAAUAGGAGCAGCUGUGAGGCUCUGCAUAGCAAGUAGCUUCUAAGCUACAUGACAGCUUCUGGAUUUCAGCCCCAUUGGGAAAUACACAGUCUCCUGGUUUAUUACAUGGCAGGCAGUCCAUGGUCUGAUGAAAGAAUCAACUUUGGAAAGACAGGAUUGGAGUUGGUAAAUUGCUUGCAGUGAAGGUGACAAAAUUCCUGGGAAAUAUAGCUAUUGGAUAAGAUGACUUCUACAUACAUUUGGAUACUGACUUUUCCAUAUAUGCUGGAAUAUUGAUUAAAUCUUGCUGGAUUUGUGGAUCUUUUAAAAAGGUCUUCUAAGUAGUUAAUGGACCUUCCUACAUUUGUGUAUUUUCCACCCAUCCCCAGCUUCUUUUCAUCUUGUCAACAUGGAUUUUUAAUAUUAAUAUAUUUGUUGACUCACUCUUAGUCUUCACUUUGAGAAGCAGAUGACUGAAUAACUUUUUAUCAGUGCCUUUUAUUUUUAAAAACAUUUUUUACAGUUCAAAUAAAAUUGCACAUUUGUUGGUGCUUUAUCUUUCAUUUCUUCCAUUAUUUUUAUUUUUAUUAUUGAAAAAGAACAAAUUUGCAUCUUGGCUGAAAAGCCUGAGCCUCUCCUACUGGGGGAAGGCAGCCAGUUUAUUUUCCCCCAGAACCUGGAAAGCAAGAAUUAAGUAUCUGUUGUGAGUGGUCACUGGAAAGAUUUUACCCUGUCUGCUUCAACGCCCCCACCACCACUCCCCCCUCCUCUUCCCCCUCUCCCCCACCCCACCCCACCAAGAAUGGGGCCUGUGCUCCUUCGGCGUGGAGGCUGCCUCCUACUUUGGAUGGCACUGCUCCUGGGAUGUUGGGCUGAGCUUGGCAGUGGCUUGGAGUUCCCAGGAGCAGAGGGCCAGUGGACUCGCUUCCCCAAAUGGAAUGCCUGCUGUGAAAGCGAGAUGAGCUUUAACAUGAAAACCCGCAGUUCCAGUGGCCUGGUCCUUUACUUCGAUGAUGAGGGCUUCUGCGACUUCUUGGAGUUAAUUCUGACACAAGGUGGGCGGCUCCAGCUAAGUUUCUCCAUCUUCUGUGCUGAGCCUGCCAUCUUGCUCUCUGACAUGGCUGUCAAUGAUAACCUGUGGCACACUGUGGUCAUUCGCCGCAAUUUUAAGAAUACAACACUAUUAAUUGAUCAGGCUGAGGCUAAAUGGGUAGAAGUGAAAUCUAAGCGGCGGGACAUGACGGUCUUCAGUGGUCUCUUUCUAGGAGGGUUGCCUCCAGAGUUACGUUCACCUACCCUGAAAGUAACACUCUCCUCAGUGAAGGAUAGGGAACCUUUCAAAGGAUGGAUAACAGAUGUAAGAGUCAAUUAUACACAGUCUUCACCUGUGGAGAGUCAAGAAGUACGUCUGGAUGAUGAACAGAGCCACUUAUGUGCUAGAGAUGUUUGCCUCAAUGGUGGUGUAUGCUCUGUGCUCAACAAUCAGGCAGUGUGUGACUGCUCCCAUACUGGUUUCCGUGGGAAGGAUUGCAGUGAAGAAGACAACUAUGUGGAAGGUCUGGCGCACUUGAUGAUGGGCGACCAAGGAAAAGAAGAAUAUAUUGCAACAUUCAAAGGAUCAGAGUAUUUCUGCUAUGACCUCUCCCAGAAUCCUAUCCAAAGCAGCAGUGAUGAAAUUACUCUGUCCUUUAAAACUCUACAGAGGAAUGGACUAAUGCUUCACACUGGGAAAUCAGCUGAUUAUGUCAACCUUGCCCUGAAAAAUGGAGCUGUCUCCUUAGUUAUUAAUUUGGGCUCAGGGGCCUUUGAAGCACUGGUGGAACCUGUGAAUGGGAAAUUUAAUGACAAUGCCUGGCAUGAUGUGAAAGUAACCAGGAAUCUGCGUCAGCACUCAGGCAUUGGACACGCUAUGGUAAACAAACUACAUUGUUCGGUGACUAUAUCAGUGGAUGGAAUUCUGACCACGACGGGCUACACACAAGAAGACUACACCAUGUUGGGCUCCGAUGAUUUUUUCUAUGUUGGAGGCAGUCCUAGCACAGCAGACUUGCCAGGAUCACCAGUCAGUAACAACUUUAUGGGUUGUCUCAAAGAGGUUGUUUAUAAAAACAAUGAUGUAAGACUAGAAUUGUCUCGACUGGCCAAACAAGGAGAUCCUAAGAUGAAGAUCCAUGGUGUCGUGGCAUUUAAGUGUGAAAAUGUGGCAACCUUGGAUCCAAUCACUUUUGAAACACCAGAAUCCUUUAUUUCUUUGCCUAAAUGGAAUGCCAAAAAAACAGGCUCAAUAUCCUUUGACUUUCGCACUACUGAGCCCAAUGGGCUGAUUCUCUUCAGCCACGGCAAACCACGACAUCAGAAAGAUGCAAAACAUCCACAAAUGGUUAAAGUUGACUUCUUUGCCAUUGAAAUGCUUGAUGGGCACCUCUACCUGCUUUUAGACAUGGGAUCUGGAACAAUUAAAAUAAAAGCUUUGCAGAAAAAGGUGAAUGAUGGAGAGUGGUACCAUGUUGACUUUCAAAGAGACGGACGAUCUGGUACCAUUUCUGUCAACACGAUGCGUACACCGUAUACUGCACCAGGAGAAAGUGAGAUCUUGGACCUAGAUGAUGAUUUAUACCUUGGAGGUUUGCCAGAAAAUAAAGCUGGCCUUGUCUUUCCAACGGAGGUCUGGACAGCCCUUCUAAAUUAUGGCUACGUGGGCUGCAUUCGAGAUUUGUUUAUUGAUGGACAAAGUAAAGACAUCCGUCAAAUGGCAGAAAUCCAGAGCACAUCUGGGGUGAAACCCUCCUGUUCAAGAGAAACAGCAAAGCCAUGUCUAAGCAACCCAUGUAAAAACAAUGGCGUCUGUAGAGAUGGCUGGAACAGAUAUGUCUGUGAUUGCUCUGGUACAGGCUACCUAGGCAGAUCAUGUGAACGAGAGGCAACUGUUCUAAGCUAUGAUGGAAGCAUGUUUAUGAAAAUUCAACUCCCUAUGGUGAUGCAUACAGAAGCAGAAGAUGUGUCCUUACGGUUCAGGUCUCAGAGAGCAUAUGGCAUUCUGAUGGCCACGACCUCCAGAGAAUCUGCUGACACAUUGCGUUUAGAGCUGGAUGCAGGACGAGUUAAGCUAACAGUCAACCUAGACUGUAUCAGGAUUAACUGUAAUUCCAGCAAAGGUCCAGAGACUCUUUUUGCUGGAUAUAACCUCAAUGACAAUGAAUGGCAUACAGUACGUGUAGUUCGAAGAGGAAAAAGUUUAAAGUUAAUAGUAGAUGACCAACAAGCCAUGACAGGUCAAAUGGCUGGGGAUCAUACAAGACUGGAAUUCCAUAAUAUAGAGACGGGAAUCAUAACGGAACGGCGUUACUUGUCCUCAGUCCCUUCCAACUUCAUUGGUCAUCUGCAAAGCCUCACUUUUAAUGGCAUGGCAUACAUUGACUUGUGUAAAAAUGGGGAUAUUGACUACUGUGAACUAAAUGCCCGUUUUGGCUUCCGGAACAUCAUUGCCGACCCAGUCACCUUUAAAACGAAAGCUAGCUAUGUUGCUCUUGCCACAUUGCAAGCAUACACAUCUAUGCACCUGUUUUUCCAGUUCAAAACAACAUCAUUGGAUGGGUUAAUACUUUACAACAGUGGAGAUGGCAAUGACUUUAUCGUGGUUGAAUUAGUAAAAGGAUAUUUACAUUAUGUGUUUGAUUUGGGAAAUGGUGCAAAUCUUAUCAAGGGCAGUUCCAAUAAACCUCUGAAUGACAACCAAUGGCACAAUGUGAUGAUAUCACGGGAUACCAAUAAUCUCCAUACUGUAAAAAUUGACACAAAAAUCACAACGCAGAGCACAGCAGGAGCAAGAAACUUGGAUCUCAAAAGUGAUCUAUAUAUUGGAGGAGUAGCAAAAGAGACUUAUAAAUCCUUGCCAAAAUUGGUCCAUGCCAAAGAAGGAUUUCAAGGCUGCCUUGCCUCUGUGGAUCUCAAUGGGCGUCUUCCAGAUUUGAUUUCAGAUGCUUUGUUUUGCAAUGGACAGAUAGAAAGAGGAUGCGAAGUUGCAUUGAUGAAAGCUGAUUUGCAAGGUCCCAGCACCACAUGCCAAGAAGACUCUUGUGCCAACCAAGGUGUCUGCUUGCAGCAAUGGGAUGGGUUUAGCUGUGACUGUAGCAUGACUUCUUUCAGUGGGACACUGUGCAAUGACCCGGGAACAACAUACAUAUUUAGCAAAGGUGGUGGACAGAUUACAUAUACCUGGCCUCCCAAUGAUCGGCCCAGCACCCGAGCAGAUAGACUGGCCAUAGGGUUUAGCACAGUUCAAAAAGAAGCCAUCUUGGUGCGCGUGGAUAGCUCGACUGGGCUUGGUGAUUACUUAGAGCUGCACAUCCACCAAGGAAAAAUUGGUGUUAAAUUUAAUGUUGGAACAGAUGAUAUUGCAAUUGAAGAAGUCAACGCAAUCAUUAAUGAUGGGAAAUACCAUGUAGUACGUUUUACAAGAAGUGGUGGUAAUGCCACAUUACAGGUGGACAACUGGCCGGUUAUAGAACGCUACCCAGCAGGAAACAAUGAUAACGAGCGCCUGGCGAUUGCUAGACAGCGAAUUCCAUAUCGGCUUGGUCGAGUAGUUGAUGAAUGGCUACUCGACAAAGGGCGUCAGCUCACAAUCUUCAAUAGCCAAGCAACGAUAAAAAUUGGAGGCAAGGAGCGAGGUCAUCCAUUUCAGGGUCAGCUUUCUGGACUCUACUACAAUGGUUUGAAAGUCCUGAACAUGGCUGCCGAGAAUGAUGCCAACAUAGUGAUAGAAGGGAAUGUCAGACUCGUUGGUGAAGUGCCUUCCUCUAUGACAACUGAGUCAACUGCCACUGCAAUGCAAUCAGAGAUGUCCACCUCAGUCAUGGAAACCACUACCACUCUGGCUACCAGCACAGCUAGAAGAGGAAAGCAACCUACAAAAGAAUCAAUUGUUCAGACUACAGAUGACAUCUUGGUGGCCUCAGCUGAAUGCCCCAGCGAUGAUGAGGACAUUGAUCCCUGUGAGACGAGCUCAGGUGGGUUAGCAAGUCCCACCAAACCAGGACGGGGAGGAUACCCAAGUUCAGAAGAGGUGGUUCGGGAAUCCAGCAGCACGACUGGCAUGGUGGUUGGGAUCGUAGCAGCAGCUGCUCUGUGCAUUCUCAUCCUCCUCUACGCUAUGUACAAGUACAGGAACCGAGAUGAAGGCUCCUAUCAUGUUGAUGAGAGUCGAAACUACAUCAGUAACUCAGCACAGUCCAACGGGGCUGUGAUUAAGGAAAAGCAACCCAACAGCUCUAAAAGCUCCAGCAAAAAUAAGAAAAACAAGGAUAAGGAGUACUAUGUCUGAUCCCAACAACUGGAAAGAACAAUUGUAUAGAAAUAGUUUUCAUUUUAUCUGAGACAUAAAACAAAACUUAUUUACUUUACUUUUUAUGAAGCACAUACAAAGUUUAAAAAAUGGGGAAAGGAAUAUGGGGAAUGCAAAUAGAAAGGAAAGACUUUUUAACAAAACAAGGAAUGACAAAAAUGAAAUAAGCAUUUCAUACUCUGGUUUCUCUGAAAUAGGAAUCAGUAAACCCCCUUACUUUCACAGUGUUUUCAUUUACUCUGCCAUCUUUAUGUUGCUGGAAUGUUUCUGAAGAAGAUGUUGGUACUACUGCACACUCAUAAGGCAAAGAGUAUUACUCCAAAACAUCACCCAGCACAACACAAAUUGUGACAAACUGAAACAAAGAAAAGAUGAAAUCAUGCACACACCCACAGUAAAGAAGCUACCUACGAGUCUGGAUUUAGCCAAAGUGCUAGCACUUUCCUGAGGAGUAAGUCAAUCUGAUUACCUGACAAGACUUUGCCAUUUGACACAAGCCCUCAAGAAGCAAAGAUUGAAACUGAGCUUGCCAACUGGUGCAACAAAACAAUGAUUGGAGCUUGGGUUUGAAGUAAAGUGCUGGCUUUUCUGAAUAAACCACAUUUAAAAACAGAAGAAGAAAACAUUUUUGAAAAAAGCCCCUUUCUGGUUGUGAAGAAAAAAAUAUAGCGGCCUUAGUUUCAAAAAUAACAAUAAACAAAGAAACAAAAUACAUGAAAUAUAAGGCUUAUUUUCACACACCAUUACCAACAAAUCCUAAACUGAGGGCAUAGAUGCGAUCAUUGGAAUUUAAAAAAAUCAUGCACGCUUAGUAUGUUAUUACCUAUGUUUAUAUUAAAAACACAUCUAUAUGUGCUUUCUGGACUGUGAUAAGUGAUGUUUUCUAGCCUGUUGUAUAGAAAUGCAAACUAUAUCUGCUCUUCAACCAUUUUUGGUAAACUCAAUGUUCUAAGUGUUGCUAGGUAUAGAAUGUUUUAUGACAUCUGGAGCAACCAACAUUUCUGUUUACUUUUACAGCCAUGAGAAACUGCCACACUUUUUAUUCCCUUCUUGUCUUCCUUCCUCCCUCCCUUCCUUCUUCCCUCCCUUCCUGGGUUUGAUUUUAAUUUACAGUGUAGUAAAUAUACUAAACAGGAUGUGUAUGAAUGUAUAUAAGAGUCAGCUAAUUUUCUUCUUAACUUGUACAGCCUCUCUUCUUUUGCAGUUCAGUUUUAGUAGUUUGUAUGAAAGAAGUGGACUUUAGAAAGCAAAUAUAUAUAGAUAUAAACUUCAUUAUUUUCUUCUCCAAUUGUCUAUCCUCUCCUAUGAUACAUUAGCAAGAUCAAUCACAAUUACGUGAUUUCAGCUCCUUUCUCUUCCUAUCCCAUUAAACCCAACAACUACUGAUUUAAGUGACCUUUACACUCUAGUUCAACUUUCUGGCUACUUGUCCAGGAAUUGAGAAAAAGGUUGAAUUCCAUGAUAUCUUUCACCUAAACCUUUAUUAUCAUUUGCUUUUUAUUUGUAUAUCAUUAGAGAGUUGGUUGGUAAAGAAAUUCAGAAAUCUGCCCUUUGAAGUACUCUAGCUCCUCUCACUAAAGCAACCCCGAGUUAGGAAAAAUACUAAUGUUCUCAACAUAAACUGUACAAAACAAGAACAAAAGUUGCACCUUUUGUCAAAUGAGGAAUGGUUCUCCUUUUAACUUGUUUUUAUUUACCCAGUUCUUACCCUGAGCUUGAAUAGAAUUUCUUCUUCUAAGGUAAUGAGUACAAUGGUUUGGUAAAAAAAAAAUUAUCUAAGAUUCUCUGCAAAAAUAUAUGUAUAAACAUUACAAACAUUCUGGUUUAUAUACAUGCUUACGUUACAGAUUUGCAAGUUUGCUUUUUUUUUAACCACAACAAAGUGACUGCUGCACUGGGUUCCCAAUGAUAUGUCAUUCUGUAUCAUCUUACUUAGAGAGAUACAAGUACAUUACAUGGAAAGAUAGUUCAGUAGAAAAUCCGCCUUAUCCUAGAAGACCUCCUGGGAGGAGUAGAAUUGUUCACACUUUACAGACAGGAAAAAAGGAAUUUAAAAUUAGCUUUAAUCAACAAGGCACUGUAUUUUCUUGUAUGCUGUUUGCUGCUGUUACAGCAAAAGACUGGGAACUGGUGUUCAACAGAGCAAUACUUUAGAAAUACAGUAGAACACUGCUAAAUGAUUUGUAUAAUGUGCUUUGUAUCAAGGGCUUAUGAGGGAAGAAAGGACGAUGCAUGUGACUAUCUGAAGGGUAUGUUGUGCUCAAGAUAAUCUGAAAUUGUUUGGCUAAUUGUCCUUGUAUCUACCACCUUUUGCUGAGGGGAGGGCAGGAAUAGGUUCAUCCUGCAUUAUAACCAUGGCAGAAACCUGACAAGCCAUCAGUGAAGAAUGGAUAUUGAUAAUCAGAAGAAAGAGAGAAUUUAAGCUUUGGUAUUCACUGAUGGCAAGGUUCAUAUGUGACUUCAUAUACUCACUUUGUUACCCAGCUUUCCCCCCCAAACGAUUAACAUACUUACUUUAAGGGGUAAGUUAUGGGAGAUUGCUACUUCUAGCAAAGAUAUCUCAACUUGUUUUUUGAGGAGUUACUCCUAUACUUCCUUGUUGAUUUUGUGAUUUAAUAAUGAGCGAAGUGUUUGCAUUUAUCAAAUGUUUGCAGUAGCUAUAUUAAAACACUGUUCUUUUUUUUUUUUCAAAAUUGCAUAACAAAUUCAUUAAUACCAUCUCUAUAAUAAUCUAAUUUGUUUGACUAACACUGCAAUCCUAUGCAUAAUUAAGGGGGAAGGGAUCGGUCCUAUUUAAGUCAUUGGGACUAUUUCUGCAUAAGUCAUUGGGACUAUUUCUGCAUAAACAUGCCUAGGAUUCUGCUGGGAUGAGACGGCUAUGGGUUGGUUUUUUUUAUUACCGUAUUGUGUUGUCUUUUUUUUAACAAAACACUAAAAGAAUAUGUGAAAUUAUUCAUUCCCAAAAUAUUAAAAAAAAGGUCAGAAGCCCUUAACCUUAUAGUGCUUUCUGUGAUAGAUAUUUACAAUUUUUUUUAAUUGUUGCAAGGCCAAUUUAUCCAUUAUUGGAAAUGCUAAGCAAGUGGAAUUUACCGUUUUGUUAAUAAAAUGUUUCUUAAUACAA